AUGUCGAUUGCUGCUCGGCGGGCUGCCAGAAGGCUCUUCAGCUGCGCUGGAGGCGGAGGAAGAGAUUUGCUGGAUGAAUUGAAACUGAGAGGGCUGAUAAGCCAGGUGUCGCAACCGGAACGACUAUUGCAUGAGAAACUGGCAGAUGGUCAGAAACUUCAUCUGUAUUGCGGUGCGGAUCCCACUGCUCGGUCGCUGCAUCUGGGGAACAUUGUGCCAUUGAUGGUAAUGCUGAAUUUCUACGUUAGAGGCCAUGACGUAGUGGCUCUGGUUGGUGGUGCUACUGGAAGAGUAGGAGAUCCCAGCGGUAGGAAGACCGAACGUGAUGUUAUGGAAGAGAGAACGAGGAUUGACAACAUAGCUCGCAUCAAGGUGCAAUUGUCGCGGUUCUUCCGCAAUGGGCUGGAGUACUAUAGUUCAAGACGGGGAAAGCACAAAGAAGUUGCCUCUGGAAAGCUACGAGUGCUGGAUAAUUACAGCUGGUGGAAGGACGUGGGAAUGCUUGAUUUCCUGUCGCGGUACGGCAGACAUAUAAGGAUCCAGUCGAUGCUGGCUCGAGAGUCGGUCUCUGCCAGGCUGGACUCUGCAGAGGGACUGGGAUUCAAUGAGUUCACCUACCAGAUCCUGCAGGCGUACGAUUUCUAUCACAUGUACCGGGAGGAUGGAGUCUCAGUGCAGGUCGGAGGUAACGACCAAUGGGGGAAUAUCACAGCAGGGAUCGAUCUGAUAAGUCGAGCGGAUCCCGGGGCAGCCAGAGCGCCUGCCUUUGGAGUGACGACGCCACUGCUAACUACGGCGUCUGGCGAAAAAUUUGGCAAGAGUGCGGGAAAUGCAGUGUUCAUAGACCCUGAGCUUAAUACCAAUUUCGAUAUCUUCCAGUUCUUUUACAACACGGCGGAUGCAGACGUGGCAAGAUUCCUGAAGAUGUUCACGUUUCUGCCAAGCGAAGAGAUAGAUGCGGCGGUGUCGAAACAUAUGCAGUCACCCCAUUUGCGCAAAGGUCAGACUCUUUUAGCCAGAGAAGUGACAGAUCUUUUGCAUGGAUCCGGUUCUGGCGAAAAUGCCCAGGCGCUUUCAGACAUUGUUUUUGGGGAAUUUGCCGAUUACAAUUCCAUAGCCUGCGAAAGACUCAUCGAGAUGUUCUCCCAAGCCAAGAUGCUCCACCACGCAAGUACAACGGCAUCAUUGACCGAUCUGGUAGCCGAAUUAAGCAAGACUUCAAAAUCAGGUGCGAGAAGGAUCUUGAAGCAGGGAGGUGUUUAUCUGGGGCCCGCCAGAACGAAGGUCACCGAAGACACUAUUUGCUGGGCUCCUUAUCUGAUCGACAAUCGAGCGCUACUAAUAAGAAUCGGCAAGCAAAAGUGCUUUCUUGUCAAAAUGGCCUAG